AUGAUAUCGCUGCUGCGUCGCAACCGCAAGCAAAGUGCUAAGGGCAAGGAAGGGCCGCUUACGCGCAGUUAUAUCAACGAUCAACAGCAGAACGACUCGAAACUCUACCACGACAGCUCGCUGGACAGUUUAGUCUUCGCGGCGUCUCUCGGCCUCGUAUCGACUCAACAUCAGCACACACCGAAAGACAUGUUACUGAUGAUGCAAGACGAAGCUAAGCAGAAGCAGCGCCAACAGCACCUGGAGUUCCAUUGUCGAUUUUGCGGCAAAGGUUACAGGUGGAAGAGCACCAUGAGGCGGCACGAGAGCCUCGAGUGCGGCGACAAGCCCCCGUCGUUCCAGUGCCCCCAGUGCCCCUACAAGGCCAGGCAGAGGGGCAACCUGACCGUGCACCUCAAGCGACAUCAUUUAAAACGAGAGAUCGAUCAGCCGUGA